UUCCCAAGGCCAAUAACUGCUUCUGUUAUUUCGACGUCCUUGCGGAAGACGUGGCGGCUUGAGCGCUGGGCUGCAAAAGCAGUGAGAAUACUGUGUGAAGUUUCAAUGCAUCUUGCUGUUGAUCUGCUACAACCAUGAUUUCGCUAACGGACUCACAGAAAAUUGGAAUGGGGAUAACAGGCUUCGGCGUGUUUUUCCUGUUCUUCGGAAUGAUCCUGUUCUUUGACAAAGCACUCCUGGCAAUAGGAAAUAUCCUGUUUGUGGUCGGCCUGUCGUUCGUCAUCGGGCUGGAGCGCACCUUCAGGUUCUUCUUCCAGAAGCACAAGAUGAAGGCCACCAGCUUCUUCCUGGGCGGCGUGCUCGUGGUGCUGAUCGGCUGGCCCGUGGUGGGCAUGGUGCUGGAGAUCUACGGGUUCUUCCUCUUGUUCAGGGGCUUCUUUCCAGUGGUCGUAGGCUUCAUCAGGAGGAUACCCGUUCUGGGCUAUCUGCUAAACCUCCCAGGAAUCAGUGGGAUUGUGGACAAAGUUGGAGAAAGCAACAACAUGGUAUAACAGCGAUUGCAUGUACAUAUAUUUUUUUGUUCCGUUUUGAGAAGAUGUCUUUAUAAUAUUUAUAACGGUUUUCCUGAAACAGCCUCGUCCCCCUUUGGUCAGAUUAGGUCACGUUAUCCGAGCUUUACUUGGACCCUUUUUCCGUUUAAAGGGGAAAAAAAAAACGGAACUCUCCCCCCUCUUGUAGCCUUUUCCGAUUUUGCGCUGAGCAUCUGUUUCCUCGGUGAGGGAAGAGCCAUGCGCCCGGUUGCCAUAGGACACUACAUUUUAUUAUUAUUAUUAUUUUUUUUACUAAUAAGCAAAGGCCCAGGUGCAUGUUCUGCCAGGCACUUCUGUCUGUCUGUCUCUUUCUCACACACGCACAAUCACAAACGCACCAUGUACACUGUCUCUUAUAAACACAUCCUCAAAUGCGCAACACUUUAUCUCUCUCACACACACACCAUGUACACUCCGUCUGUUAUGAACACAAUCACAUGCGCACACCUUGUCUUUCUCUCACACACACACACACACACACACACCACGCAAUCCCCAUGUAGACUCACUGUCUCUUACAGACACCCCCUCUCUCUCACACACACACACACACACACACACACACACGUUCGCGCGCGCUGACAGUCCGGCGGAGGGUAUGACGCCAGACGAAGACCGACCCUCCGGACCGCGGGACAGAAACCGCCAAGUCCGCCGCGCGGAGCCGGACGCCCGCUACCGCUCGCUCCCUCGCUUCCCCUUCUCCGCGGAGAGACGCCGCUGACCGCACGCCCCACCCCAUCUGCCACGUUUGGGGCACCCAGCCCGGUCGCCGCCGCCGCCCCCCACCUUCACUAAAGCUGGACGGCGGACACGCACUCCUCUCCCAUGACCUCAAAUGCAGAGGGACGUGAUUUCAUUCUGCUUUUUAAAAAAAUAAAUAAUAAUGUCACACUUUUGUCUGUGUAAAGAAAAGAAAAAAAAAACGAACAGAGCCCGAGAGGUCAAGAAAAGAAUACGGUCUCACCUACUUUGUUACUGUGCAAGUUUUUUUUUUUUUGGUUGUAAAUACGCACUUGGAAAUUGAAGUGUAACACGUGUUUUUUCAGGACAAUCUCAAUAAACGCUUCUGGUCUCGGAUGUGGAGGCUUUUUUU